UGGACGGACGGUGGGUGAGUGGUACGGAAUCCUUUGCAUUCCCAUUGUCCAUAUUCACGCCGUAUUCCUAAUAACUAUUCUAGUAUAAACAGUAUUCAAAGUUCCAACGAAGUUCAUAAUUAACCAGCAGCUACUCAUCUAAACAUGGAAAUCAGUCGCAGUAAUGAGAGUGUCACACUGGACGACAGUUUUAGGACGGAGUUGCUGUCUCCCGCUGCUCAGGCGGUGGUUGAUCACUCCAUGUCUCUGGGGCCGACAUGGAAGCUCAACACAACUGACUUCCAUCUUCCCCAACUCCGCUCCUCUGAUCAUCAAUCUUUCAGUUUCCUCCGUCUCCUACGAGCUUUCAGGAAUCAGAAAAAAGUUGCUGAAUACUACAAAAAGCAAGAAAGGCUGCUUGAAGGAUUCAAUGAGAUGGACACAAUUAAUGAAUGUGGUUAUUUACCUGGAAAUCUAACUGAGGAUGAAAUGAAGCAACAUGCUAAGAGCGAACGAAUGGCUAUUCAUGCGUCAAACAUAGCAAAUAUGGUUCUUUUCAUUGCUAAAGUCUACGCUUCUAUUGACAGCAGAUCGCUGGCUGUAAUUUCAUCGACCUUAGACUCGCUAUUAGACCUCUUAUCUGGAUUUAUUCUGUGGUUCACUUCUCAUGCAAUGAAAACGCCAAACCAGUACCGCUAUCCAAUUGGAAAGAAGAGAAUGCAGCCAGUGGGUAUAGUUGUUUUUGCAUCCGUAAUGGCGACCCUAGGAUUACAAAUAUUGUUCGAGUCUGGUAAAGAACUCAUAACUAAGUCUCGUCCUGAUAUGGACCCUGAGAAGGAACAAUGGAUGAUAGGAAUAAUGGUUUCUGUCACUGUGGUCAAGUUUAUGCUUCUGAUCUACUGCCGAAGAUUCAAAAAUGAAAUUGUAAGGGCCUAUGCUCAAGAUCAUUUCUUUGAUGUCAUUACCAACUCAAUCGGAUUAAUGGCAGCAGUCUUAGCCAUCCAUUUCUACUGGUGGAUUGAUCCUACUGGAGCUAUAAUUAUAGCACUUUACACAAUGAGCACAUGGGCAAAGACAGUGAUGGAAAAUGUGUGGUCACUUAUUGGAAGAACAGCUCCACCCGAAUUUCUAGCAAAGUUAACAUAUCUUAUAUGGAAUCACCAUGAAAGGAUCAAACACAUUGAUACUGUUAGAGCAUAUAACUUUGGCACACAAUAUUUUGUGGAGGUUGAUAUAGUGCUGCCAGAGGACAUGUUCCUGAACCAGGCACAUAAUAUUGGUGAAACACUGCAGGAAAAACUGGAGCAACUUGUUGAAGUCGAGCGUGCUUUCGUCCAUGUAGAUUUUGACAUAACUCAUAGACUGGAACAUAAGACUAUGAUCAAUUGA